AUGAGUGACAUGACGGUUAUAUCCUCAGUAUCCUGUGGGAAUAUGGCUACCUUUUGCCUGAGUGCUGGCAGUGCGCACGGAACUGAUGCCCAGCCGGAAGGUGAGUCGUGGUUGCCCCAUGUUACAUACAGAGGGCAGCACUUUGUAAAAGGCGGACAGCAGUUUUCAGUGUUCUGCAACCUCACCCUCUUCAGCCAGCUCAAGUGGACCCACAAUGGCAAGCCUGUGGUAUCAGGGGAGGGGGGGUAUACGAUGGAGGAUGUCGCCGCCCCCCAGGGGUACGUAGGAAGCCGUUUGUCAGUGAAAAAUGCUCUUAUGUACCACGCUGGGGAAUACAAGUGCACAUCCUUCAGCCCGCGUUCUCACAUGGUUUAUGUUCUGAGUGUUGAUUCAACUGGUGGAGAUGCUAUCAAGAUGCUGUUUCUCGGCUUUCCACUAUCAAUAUCCUGUAAUAUGACCAACGUGGAGAGCACAACGCUUGAGUUAGAGUGGUUCAAGAAUGACGUGAGUAUAGACAGUGACGACCGGCUCAAAAUCUUCCAGGAGAACUCCUCAAUCUACAUAGCACAACCGAUGAAAGAGGAUGUUGGAGAAUACAAGUGCCAGACAGCCGGGGCCAUUGCUGGAGAUCCUCUCCACAAAAUUAUUCAAGUUAUCUUUUUGGAAAUCAGAAAGAUGGAUAAGUCAAAGGUUGUUACAGAAGGAGGGGACCUCAUCAUAGAUUGCCCAGUUGAAGGUCAUCCACCCCCAGGCAUUGAGUGGUACAAAGACAAUGAGCUUCUUACCAGUGCCAAGAACGAGAGUCUGGCGGUGUCCUUCCAGCCGAAUGACAAGGCAAUGCCAAAUGGCCAGAUGAAAUUGGCUGGUGUGAAGCUGGAACACAGGGGGAAUUACUCAUGUACCAUCAUCUCCAAGAACCAGAAGUAUGAACGCGUAAUGUUUGUCAGGGUCAAGAGUGUUUAUGCUGCCCUGUGGCCGUUCCUUGGGAUUCUUGUGGAAAUGAUUGUGUUGGGGAUCAUUAUUUUCAUCUUUGAGAAGCGUCGUGCCAAGGCUGAGUUUGAUGAGUCUGACACUGACCAAGGAAAUGAUCAGAAAGCCGAUAACAACAGGGGUCAGCGGCGGAAGUAAGUUGAAGUCGGCCUGGCUUUGAUCACAAGACUUCAGCUAAAACUAUGCCCCACCAAGUUAGUUUCAAUUAGAGAUCAGAUCAUACCUGACCCCCCCCCCCCCAACACCUCCCCCAUUUUGCCCAAAAUCUAAUCUUGUCAAAGUAGUUACAUGAUUCUAAAUCACUUCUAAAUCCUCAUAAACCCACAAGCUUAACUAAGGGAAUGAUGAUGACUGGUGUGGAGGAGUAUACAGAUCAUACUCUUUUCUUUUCUCUCCUUCGUUCUUUUACUUUAUGAAACGUACAUCUGUACAUUGGUGUGCUGUUGCCACUUUUGUAUUAUGUACAUUUGCUCCUUCACAUUUAAAAGAUUACAGUUAAAUUUGGGUAACAUAAUGACUUUUGGUAAUUAUAACACUGGUGGUAAAAGGCAUAAGAGCACAAUAAAUUAUUGCUUAAACAAAACAAGAAUCUGAUCUGUAAAGCUAAACUGAGUAGUUGUAAACAACAUUGUUUUUACACAUGAAAUUGUUGGUAGUGUUUAGUAUAGAAUUUUUGUUUCAUUUGGAUUUGAUUUGUAAAGAAAAGCUGUGACUUUGCUUUUAGCAGAUGAGGCCUGCCUCUUGUGUGGUUAAAGUUUCUAUUGUCAGCAUCUACUCUAGUACCUCAGAAAUUUGAAUCGUAAACUGCAAGUGGUAAAAUGUUGAUGGAAAAGCUUACAUUUUGAUAAUGUUCAGCUGCUGUAUUUCUUUUGUCUGUUAUGGAGUUAGAUUAUUCCUGUGGUCAACAUUGUUACCACGUUUAUUCUCUGACCAAAUUUACUUGGGACCUUAUAGUAGGGAUUAAAAAAAAAAAAAGAUAUCAUUUCUCAGACACAUUUUUUUCUGUAUCUUUGUAUCAUUUAGUAGUGACUUUAGAUUAUUUUCAUGGCAUAAAGGGACCUAAUACCAAGAAAAUGUUUGGUAGAUACCUUUACUAGCCUUUUACACCCCCCCCCCCCCAUUUAACUAUGAUUUUCCAGUGGUUGAUAUUUAAUAUUGUUAAUGGAAAAUAUUAUUAACAGCCUAACCGUUAUUGGGUGAACAUUUUUGACUGUUUGCCCUUUAUAUAUCUAGGGGAAAGUCAGAAAAAACACUUUGAUUUUAUUGUUAACCAUUGAUUGAGAAAUUGGGUGUAGUAACACAUGUUUUGUCCUUAUAAACCUCUGUAAUUUUAAUGUUGCUUCGAUCUCAGCUGAAGAAAAACAAAAGAAAGAAAAUCAUAACACACACACAC